AACAGUGCCUCCUCUCCAGUCAAUUGCCGAUGGGACUCCUAUGCCUCUUGGUCAGAAUGCAAUGGCUGUACCAAGACUCAGACUCGCAGGCGGUCUGUUGCUGUGUAUGGGCAGUAUGGGGGCCAGCCUUGUACUGGAAGUGCUUUUGAAACACAAUCCUGUGAACCUACAAGAGGAUGUCCAACAGAGGAGGGAUGUGGAGAACGUUUCAGGUGUUUUUCAGGUCAGUGCAUCAGCAGAUCAUUGGUUUGCAAUGGGGAUUCUGACUGUGAAGAAGACAGCGCUGAUGAAGACAGAUGUGAAGACUCAGAAAGGAAACCUUCCUGUGAUGUAGAAAAACCCCCUCCCAAUGUAGAACUUACUGGAAAUGGUUACAACGCCCUCACUGGCCAGUUUAGGAAAAAAGUCAUCAAUACCAAAAGUUUUGGUGGUCAAUGCAGAAAGGUGUUUAGUGGGGAUGGAAGGGAUUUCUACAGACUGAGUGGAAAUGUCCUCUCCUACACAUUCCAGGUGAAAGUAAACAAUGAUUUUAAUUAUGAAUUUUACAACAGUAGUUGGUCUUAUGUAAAACAUACGUCAUCAGAACAUACGUCAUCUAGUAGGAAGCGCUCCUUUUUUAGGUCUUCAUCAUCUGCUUCACACAGUUAUACCUCAAAUACCGAUGAAAUCCAUAAGAAAAAGAGUUAUCAAUUGUUGGUUAUUCAGAACACCGUUGAAGUGGCUCAGUUCAUUAAUAACAAUCCAGAAUUUUUACAACUGGCUGAGCCGUUCUGGAAGGAACUCUCCCACCUUCCCUCUCUGUAUGACUACGGUGCCUACCGAAGAUUGAUCGACCAGUACGGGACACAUUACCUGCAGUCUGGAUCCCUAGGAGGAGAAUACAGAGUUUUAUUUUAUUUGGACUCACAAAAAAUCCAACAAAGCGGUUUUAGUACAGUAGAAGAGAAGAAAUGUUCUUCCUCAGAUUUCCAUUUUGUCUUUAGAUCAUCAAAGCAAAAAUGCAAGGAAUUGGAAGACGCUUUAAAAUCAGCCUCAGGAACCCAGAGCAACGUACUGCGAGGGAAACCAUUCAUCAGCGGGGGAGGUGCAGGUUUUAUAACUGGCCUCAGUUUUCUAGAGCUGGACAAUCCUGCUGGAAACAAAAGGCGAUAUUCUGACUGGGCAGAAUCUGUGACUAAUUUUCCUCAAGUCAUAAAGCAAAAACUGACACCUUUAUAUGAGCUGGUAAAGGAAGUGCCUUGUGCCUCUGCAAAAAGACUGUACCUGAAGCGGGCUCUUGAAGAGUAUUUGGAUGAAUUUGACCCCUGUCAUUGCCAGCCUUGUCAAAAUGGCGGCAUGGCCACAGUUGUGGGGACCCAGUGUCAGUGCCAUUGCAAACCAUACACAUUUGGUAUGGCAUGUGAGCAAGGAGUCCUCGUAGGAAAUCAAGCAGGAGGGGUUGAUGGAGGUUGGAGUUGCUGGUCCUCUUGGGGCCCCUGCGUUCAAGGGAAGAAAACAAGGAGCAGAGAAUGCAAUAACCCCCCUCCCAGUGCGGGUGGGAAAUCCUGCACUGGAGAAACGACAGAAAGCAGGCAUUGUGAAGACGAGGAACUGGAGCACUUGCGAUUGCUUGAACCACAUUGUUUUCCUUUGUCUUUGGUUCCAACACAAUUCUGUCCAUCACCUCCUGUCUUGAAAGACGGAUUUGUUCAAGAUAAAGGUUCCAUGUUUCCUGUUGGGAAAAAUAUAAUGUACACUUGUAAUGAAGGAUACUCUCUUGUUGGAGACCCGGUUGCCAGAUGUGGAGAAGAUUUACAGUGGCUUGUUGGGGAAAUGCAUUGUCAGAAAAUUGCCUGUGUUUUACCGGUACUGAUGGAUGGCAUACAGAGUCACCCCCACAAACCUUUCUACACAGUUGGUGAGAAGGUGACCUUUUCUUGUUCAGGUGGCAUGUCCUUAGAAGGUCCUUCAGCAUUUCUCUGUGGCUCCAGCCUUAAGUGGAGUCCUGAGAUGAAGAAUGUCCAGUGUGUGCAAAAAGAUGCCCCUUUAACACUGGCAGUACCUAAAUGUCAGCGCUGGGAGAAACUGCAGAAUUCAAGAUGUGUUUGUAAGAUGCCCUAUGAAUGUGGAUCUUCCUUGGAUGUAUGUGCUCGAGAUGAGAGAAGCAAAAGGAUACUGCCUCUGACAGUUUGCAAGAUGCAUGUUCUCCACUGUCAGGGUAGAAAUUACACCCUUACUGGUAGAGACAGCUGUACUCUGCCUGCCUCAGCUGAGAAAGUUUGUGGAGUGUGUGCACUAUGGGAAAAAUGUGACGCCCAGAGCAACAAAUGUGUCUGUCGAGAAGCAUCGGAGUGUGAGGAAGAAGGGUUUAGUGUUUGUGUGGAAGUGAACGGCAAGGAGCAGACAGUGUCUGAGUGUGAGGCGGGCGUCCUGAGAUGCAGAGGGCAGAACUUCUCCAUCACCAGCACCAGGCCCUGCACUGCAGAAACCCAGUAGGCUUCCUGGAAGCCUGGUCGUCUUGCUCGGAAUCCAGCAGGCAGCUGGGGCUGAGUUAAAGCAGCUGCCUAUCUGGGCACUGGGACAGCUUUUCCAGCACGGAGGCACAUUCUUUCUCCUUCUUCUCCAGUGUCCACUUCUUUUCUCAGCUCCCAGCCAUCUGUAUAAACACAACCCUUUGUCCCCCCAAACCUGAAUCUAGAUACUGUUUUUUUCUUCUUUUUAAUACCAGUCAGAAUGAAGACAAUUCAUGAGCCUUUGCCCAAGCUAGCUAUGUGUUUUUGGAAAAAUUGCUAACUUUUCGGGACCUUGACUUUUUUUUUUUUUUGGUAACAGAGGAUUACACUAGAGACACUUGAAUGCUUCAUUCAGCAAUAUGAUUCUAUUAAGUAUGAUUGACCCAGCCCUUGGGCCAGAGCACACUCUACAAAUUGAUUAGGAAAAUGGAAAGAACACAAUUUCCUGAUUAGAGAGAUUGGUUUCCCUCAAUGAAACCAAAUUCAAAGCGGACCUUGAGUGACAAAAGACAGAUACAAUGAUUUCCAUCCUGAGUAGUAAUCUCAUGCUUCACCCUAUUGAGUCAGCCACCACCUGUGAGGAUCCCUAUUCCUGUCAGGAGAUUGAACCACUGAAAUGUCAGAGCAGAAUUCAUCAUGCUA